UAACGUUAGUUAAAAUUAAACUCCAGGCACUAGGUUAGGAGUGUGCUGGGUUAGACAGAGACUGGACCUCCGGGCUUCUGAGCAGCUGAAACUCGGAACGAGACCUGAGAAGCUUCCUGCACACACGGCGUGUGGUGUUCACUUCACCAGCACAGCCCAAGAUCAGAUCGAUCAUGAGCCCCACUAAAAAGAGUUUGCUACGGGAGGCAUCUCAUCAGAUCAUUGCUGGUGGAUCUGCAGGUCUGGUGGAAAUUUGUUUGAUGCACCCUCUAGACGUAGUGAAAACCAGGUUCCAGAUUCAGCGAGGAGCCAGUGACCCUAACAGCUACAAAGGUCUAGGAGACUGUUUCAGGACCAUAUUUCGCAAUGAGGGAGUGUAUGGAUUUUACAAGGGAAUCCUGCCCCCUAUUCUAGCUGAGACACCCAAGAGAGCAGUUAAGUUUUUCACCUUCGAGCAAUACAAGAAACUGCUGAGUUUCACUCCCUUAUCUCAGGGCCUGGCUCUCUCUGUGGCUGGCCUGGGCUCAGGCUUAACUGAAGCUCUGGUGGUUAAUCCAUUUGAGGUAGUGAAAGUGAGCCUACAGGCCAACCGAGAUUCCUUCAAAGUGCAGCCCUCCACGUUUGCCCAGGCUAGAAUGAUCAUUAAUGCAGAUGGCUUCGGCCUCCGUGGGCUUAAUAAGGGUCUUACCUCCACACUGGGACGCCAUGGCGUCUUCAACAUGAUCUACUUCGGCUUCUACUUUAACGUUAAAGACGCUAUUCCUGCCAGCCAGGACUCUCGACUGGAGUUUAUGAGAAAGUUUGCUAUAGGUUUGCUGUCUGGAACCAUUUCAUCCUGUGUGAACAUCCCUUUUGACGUGGCUAAGAGCCGUAUCCAAGGUCCUCAGCCAAUCCCAGGGGAGAUAAAAUACCGUAGCUGCUUCCAAACCAUGGCCUUGGUGUACCGUGAGGAGGGAUAUCUCGCAUUAUACAAAGGAUUGAUACCCAAGAUCAUGAGACUUGGACCAGGAGGUGCAGUCAUGUUGCUAGUGUAUGAGUACGUCUCCAACUGGCUUCAAAGAAACUGGUGAUGAGAUGCAUCGCAAAGCAAGCAGCGUGCCAGCCAUGUACCUCAGCACUCUGCUCUUAGGCCUUAAUUCACAAAGUCAAACCAAUUUCAGUCUGUGCACCACAAACCAUGAACACCACAACUUUCACAACAUACUGCUAUCAUAUUCCAAAGGUAAAACAGUUAAAUAGAAACUGAAUUGGCCCAUACUUCAAGGAAUAUCCACAACUGUGCUUCACUAGAUUGACAUUAAUUCUGCUCAGGAGUCUUACCUUCAUUUUACAAUAACAUUGUUGCACCACAUCUCAUUCCACUCCUUGUUGAUUUUGACGCAAGAUAAUUACAGGGAAAUUCUCAUGACAUAUUCUUACCCAUGACGUUAGGGUGCCAGUGUGUGUGUGUGUGUGUGUGUGUAUGUGGGGGGGGUGUAUCACAGUUAAUUCACUGGCAUUGCAGUGCUGCACACCCAGUCACAGUCUACACUCUCCCACACUCACAACUCCCUCACCAUUAAAGGCAACCCAGCAGGAAAUGGCAACGCUUUAAGUUUACAUCAAACCAAAUUUAACAUACCUUACCAUUUCUAAUGGAGGGCCACUUCCAUGCUUAUGGAACACCAACCGUGAGCCUAAAAAAUGUAAUGAUGAGCACAGAGUCAUUUCAGAAGCACUUCAUUCAGGUGUGUUGUCAGAUGUUUUAGUAAUUGUUUGUAUUCUUCUUCUUAAACAUAAUUUCUGACACGUCUUGUGACACAAAUUAUGAAUUUGAGAUUUGUAUUUCUUGUUAGUCUGAAUUGAAAUUUAUAUUUCUUUAGUCAUUAUUACUUGCACAUUAAUGUGUCAUUAUUACUUUUUAGACACCUCUGACUGGAUUUUUUUUUAGAUUCCAUGUUUAAAAAUAAAUAAUUUACAAAAAGUUUUUUUUUAUAUUUUGACAAACAUCAGUGUUUCAGUGGCAUAAUAAGUUUACCAUGUGUGAUAACACUAAUAGUCACAAAUCAGUAGCAAACAAUAAAAUUCACCAAACAUUGUGAUGGGAACAACAGUAUGUAUGUAUUAUAAAAAGUGUUGGUGGAUUCCAAAGGUCAGUUUAAUUGCUGAACUUAAUUAAUUGGCAAAGUUAUUAUUUCCGUUUUUAUCAAUGUAGUCAUUCUCAUGUGCUUUUAAUUGCAGUUUUCAUAGAAAUAUUGUUGCUAAGUUAGUAUUAUGGAUGAACAUUUUAAAAGAGCAUAUGAAAUGAAUGAAAUGUGAUGAUGUGUCUCUAUUGUUCCCCAGUACUCUUGAUGAAAAAGGACAUUAAUGGAAAUGUUUGUUGGAGCUUUUUUUGAAAUAAAAUGCUUAAUUUUAA